UUCUCCAAACAGACCACAAAGACACCUUCAGGACAGCCCAACCCAACGGUAGUGACAACAGGCGCAGGGCGCACUCACUACAUCCAAAAGAACCCUUUGUCUCGCCCCUCGCUCGUCGAGCUUCCCAGAAAGUUAAAAUGGCGCGCAAUUCGGAGAAAGCGCAGUCGAUGCUCUUCCGCUUCCGCGAGGCGCAGGCCGCGGACCUGGGCAUCAUCGACGCCGGGCGGGCGCGGCGGCCGCGCGUCAUCACCGAGGUCGACAGCAUCCCCGUGUGCGAGAAGUGGCGCGGCCAGACCCUCAAGGAGAUCAGCCGCAAGGUCUCGCGGAUCCAGGAGCCCGCGCUGUCCGACUACCAGAUCCGCGACCUCAACGACGAGAUCAACAAGCUCAUGCGCGAGAAGCACAUGUGGGAGGUGCAGAUCCGGAACCUGGGCGGGCCAAACUACAUGCGCCAGGGCGGGAAGGUGUACGAUGAGACGGGGAGGGAGAUCCCGGGCGGCGGGAAAGGGUACAAGUACUUUGGGCGGGCAAAGGAACUGCCUGGCGUGAAGGAGCUGUUCGAGGCGGCGGCCAAGGCGCGGCAGUCGGCAAACGAGAAGCCUCUCGAGACGAGAGACGACUUGAGGAAAACGGUCGAUGCAAACUACUACGGGUACGCCCCGGACGAGGAAGCCGGCACUCUGCUGCAGUACGAGGCAGAGAAAGAACGCGAAGCCGAGGAUAUGCUGCUGCAAAAGUUCAAAGGAGGCAAAGAGGGACACCCUCCGCCGGGCUGGGAGCCUCUGCCUGGAGAUACAGGAGAUGGCCACGCAUGGGACUUGCCGACUCUAGACGAGGUACAGCAGGAGCUCGUAGACAGGAGGAGGAGAAAGCUGCUCGACCAGCUUCAAUGAUUUCUGUCGUGGUAGUAAGCAUGGUCAUCUCUUCGAGGUAUAUGUCUCGGCGUUGGUCACACGGAACCGAAUCAUUCUUGGCGUUUAUGGAGUUUAGCGAUAAAUCAGGGGCACCGGGCAAUUGUUGUACAGUCACGAAAUUCUCGUUCGGCGGACCAGGCCAUGCAUCUGUCACAGUCACAGCAGCACGCCACAGCCAAGCA